UGUCUUUUCUCUUUCUCCUUCACAUUCCAUUAUCAUAGUGCUCCAAUGGAGAAGGAAGGAAUAGAGGGGCCCAGGUACUGAUCUGCAGCGGGGACUUAGACCAACACACUGGCAGAGCAGAAACCGGAUGGUUUUUUCCCUCUUUUUUAAAAAAACGAAAACCAAAAAAAAAGCAAGAAUCAACAGGAUGCCUUGAGACACACGCAGCAUCUGGUGGAGGAUUAACAUACAUACAUGUGUAUGUAUGCGUCACGUAUAUAUUUACUGCAAAUGGUGGGGAUCGUUUAGUGCCCGACAUGGGAGACCUGAAGUCAGGUUUUGAAGAGGUGGAUGGCGUGAGGCUCGGCUACCUCAUCAUUAAAGGAAAGCAAAUGUUUGCCCUCUCCCAAGUCUUCACGGAUCUGCUGAAAAACAUCCCGAGGACGACCGUGCACAAGCGCAUGGAUCAUCUGAAAGUGAAAAAGCACCACUGCGAUCUGGAGGAGUUGCGGAAACUCAAGGCAAUCAACAGCAUCGCCUUCCACGCCGCCAAAUGCACGCUCAUCUCCCGGGAAGACGUGGAAGCGCUCUACACCUCCUGCAAAACUGAGCGCGUCCUCAAGACCAAGCGCAGGAGGGUCGGCCGGGCCCUGGCCACAAAGGCGCCGCCGCCAGGGCGCGCCGCCGCCGCCGCCGCCGCCGCCGCCGGCCCCCGCCCGGCUUUCUGGAAGGACAAGCACCAACUUUGGCGGGGCCUGAGCGGAGCCGCGCGGCCCCUGCCAAUCAGCGCGCAGUCCCCGCGCCCGGGCGCAGCCGCCGCCGCCGCCGCCGCCGCGCGCCCAGCCGCCCAUCUACCUCAGAUUUUUAGCAAAUACCCGGGCUCGCACUACCCGGAACUCGUGCGCUCGCCUUGCAAACCCCCUCUAAACUAUGAAACUGCCCCGCUCCAGGGAAACUACGUCGCUUUCCACUCGGACCCUGCUUAUUUUCGGAGCCUGCUGUGCAGCAAGCACCCGGCCGCCGCCGCCGCCGCUGCCGCCGCCGCCGCCGCCGCUGCCGCCGCCGCCGCCGCCUACUACCAGGCGUCGGCGGCCGGGCCCCAGCCCAAGGCGGCGGCGGCGGCGGCGGCGGCGGCGGCGGCGGGCGCCGGGGGCCCGGUGAGCCUGACCUACCGCUGCAAGCGCAAGCGCGGGGGCGCCAAGGACUGCCUGCUCGCGCCGCACGCCGGCGCCCGCCGUCUGCUGCUGCUGCCCAGGUCCUACAAAGCCAAGGCGGCGGCGGCGGCGGCGGCGGCAGCGGCGGCGGCGGCGGCGGCGGCCGCGGGGGCCACGUGCCUGGAAAGGUUUCAUCUGGUGAGCGGCUUCUGCCCGCCGCCCCACCACCACCACCACCACCACCACCACCACCAUCACCAUCACCACCACCACCGGGCCCAGCUGCCGCAGCCGAGUCACCACCCCCCUCAUCACCGCCGGCCGCAGCCCCAUCUGGGCAGCUUUCCCGAGAGCUGCAGCAGCGACUCCGAGUCCAGCUCCUACUCGGACCAUGCCGCCAACGACUCGGAUUUUGGCUCCAGUGUGUCCAGCUCCAGCAACUCCGUGUCCUCGGAGGAAGAGGAGGAGGAGGGAGAGGAGGAGGAGGAGGAAGAGGAGGAGGAAGAGGAGGAGGGGGGCAGUGGGGCCUCGGAUUCCAGUGAAGUCAGCUCGGAGGAGGAGGAGGAGGACUCGUCCACCGAGUCGGACUCUAGCUCCGGCUCCAGCCAAGUGUCAGUGCAGAGCAUCCGUUUCAGGCGCACCAGCUUCUGCAAGCCUCCCAGCGUGCAGGCGCAGGCCAACUUCUUGUACCAUCUGGCCUCCGCCGCCGCUGCAACCAAACCCGCUGCUUUCGAGGAUGCCGGCAGACUUCCCGACCUCAAGAGUAGUGUCAAAGCGGAGUCGCCCGAGGAGUGGAAUCUGCAGAGCUGGGCCCCCAAAGCGUCUCCGGUGUACUGCCCGGCCAGCCUGGGGAGUUGUUUCACAGAGAUAAGGAACGAUAGGGUAUCUGAGAUUACAUUCCCACAAUCUGAAAUUUCCAGCAUUGUAAAGAGAACUGACCUGACAAUUAACUGCCUGGCGGAGGGGGCCUCUUCACCUAGCCCAAAGACAAACAAUGCAUUUCCACAACAAAGAAUACUCCGAGAGGCUAGGAAAUGCCUACAAGCAACUCCUACUAUACACUGUGCAGAUAACAACACAAUAGCUGCUAGGUUCUUAAAUAAUGAUUCUUCCGGAGCAGCAGCAAAUUCAGAAAAAGAUUCCAAAAUCCCUCAUUGUACUGAAUUUGCUACGGAUUUGCCCUCUUCUUCGCCAACUCAUCCCGAGGUGGAUACAGCAGCAGUAGCAGCAACAACUAAAGCCGAGAAUCCCUGUACUGACACGGGCGACAGGACAUUGCCGUUUCUGCACAAUAUUAAAAUCAAAGUAGAAGACAGUAGUGCUAAUGAAGAAUAUGAACCUGACCUUAUUACAAAUAAGCUAAAGUGCGAGUGCAAUGAUACAAAGGGUGAGUUUUACAGUGUGACUGAAAGUAAAGAGGAGGACGCCUUGUUAACUACAGCCAAGGAAGGUUUUGCAUGCCCUGAAAAAGAAACUCCUUCCUUAAAUCCACUGGCUCAGAGUCAGGGCCUUUCAUGCACUUUAGGUUCUCCAAAACCUGAGGAUGGGGAAUAUAAAUUUGGUGCCAGGGUGAGAAAAAAUUACCGGACACUAGUACUGGGAAAGCGACCUGUACUUCAGACACCUCCAGUCAAACCAAAUCUGAAAUCAGCUAGAAGUCCUCGUCCUACAGGUAAAACUGAGACACAUGAAGGAACACUGGAUGAUUUUACAGUUAUAAACAGACGCAAAAAGGUAGCCAGCAAUGUAGCAUCAGCAGUGAAAAGGCCAUUUAAUUUCAUGGCAAAUUUUCCUUGUCCACCAUCACUCAUUAUUGGGAAGGAUGGGGAUUUGUGGCCGGCGUAUUCCUUAAACACCACUAAGGAUUCCCAACCUCCUCACAAGGCCCAUCCUAUAUGGAAAUGGCAGCUGGGCGGUUCUGCAAUACCUCUUCCACCUAGUCACAAAUUCAGGAAAUUUAAUUCAUAAAAGAGUUUUUGGAAGAUAUUUUCUUGAACCAUACCUUCCUUUUGUUGUAAACUGCACAGGAUGGUUUGUACAAGUCCAUUAAUGUGUUACACCUCUUUUGGAGUCCUGGUUUAUCGCAUUUUGAAGACAGAAAUCGGAUUACUUUUUUUUUCCAUUGCGGGUUUUUUUGUUGUUUUUUUUUUGAGUAGGGUGGGGGAGGGGUGGGAGAAGGGUUGGUUUACAUUCCACAGACUAUACUUCAGGCUAAAGACUCAAGUAAACUCAGUUAUUACGGUAGAGCUGGAACACUUUACUGUUUCAAUGCUAAUAAUGCACCCGGUACCUCAAUUCAACUGCUACAAAUAAAUGUCAAAAGGUUGAAUAAUAAAUAUUACAAUGAGCCAUUAAGUUUAUGCACUAGAUUUCAGACCUGAAAGUGUAACUGUUAAUUCAGUGAAACUUUGUUAGGUUGGUUACAUGGUUACACAGUGAGGUAGCAAGAAGUUUCUUGUGGGGUAUCUUUUUCUUUUUCUCCCCUCAUUUCCUCUCCAAGAGUAGUUGCACUUUUUUUUUUUUUUUUGAUUGGAAAUAUUGGGGAGUCCUGAAUGAAUGCUGGUAACAGCUGAUUCACAUAUAUUGAGUAAAGUAAAUAUAACAUUGUCUUUUUUUCUUCCUUUUUUUUGGUAAAGGGUGUAAUUUUACUUUUACGCCACUCCUUGCAAUUGGAAAAGUCCUUUUUGUGUCCUCACCCAUAAUUUUAAAUUAGGUGACUCUUACUAUUGUCCUGCUUAUCUUGUGGUCUGAACAUGACUCCUCAAACUUGCAAAACAAUUAAAAUAUUUCUCAUAAUAGCAGGAUAUUUUAUGGUCUGACUCUUUAUAGUGACAGCAGUAAAAAAAAAAAGCAACCAAGAAAAGGAAAAUGGGUCAGAAUUGUUAGAAUACCCCAAGUGAAAAAUAACAGUUAUUUCAGGGCUUUUUGGUACCAGAACUCAGGCACUUGGAUUUUAUUACCUUUUACUUUCCCUGCAUCUCUCUAAACUUCUGUUUUCAGACCAUCCUGUGUAUAGAGCAGGAGAGUUUCUACUGCAAGUGACAAUCAGAGGUGACUAUCUAUAUUUGCACUUAAAAUCAAAGUAGUUCAACAUGCAAAUGGUUAGGGUCUAGCCCUUGGUAAGGGCCAUGCUGGUGUACUAUGUUGUGAUGAUG